AUGACAGAAAACACACAUUUAAUUGAUGCGGGAUGUUUCAUUUCCCAAAUGAACGAGUUGUUACUUAUAGACCCAUUAUAUAUGAACUAUGCCAUAACAAAUUAUUUUAAUUAUUUAAUAAAUGAUAAAAGUGAAUUAUUACCAAAAGAAAGUUUAAAUGGGGUUUAUUUUGAAAAUGCCAAACCAGGUUUAUGGUCUUCUUUUGCAAUUAAGGAAAAAAAUAGAUUUUUACCAAAUUCACAAAAAAUGGAACAAAAUAUGAACGAUUUAGGAAUAGAUAAAAAUUAUGGCAAUGAAAUUAUUACAUCAUUUGCCUGCUUUAACAACACUGAAUUUAUGCAUGAAUAUUUAACUGUUGAAAAACUUAAUGAAUUAAAAUGGGAAAGGUUAGAAUCAAACAUAAAUUGUAUAGGGAACCUCAAUAAUGGUAACAUAUAUAAAAGUCAAUCCAAAGAAGAUAAGCCGAUUAAUUUUUCAAAUUAUUUUACUAAUAUUUUAACAGUUGAAAGUGGGCAAGUAGGCUUAUUUUGCACAGAGUCUAUAAAAAAUUGUACAAAUGCUUUACUUGAAAAAUAUGAAAUUUCUGAUAUUAAAAAUAAGGAAGAACUUGACAAUUUUUUCAAUAAAAAUAUGAACGAUUUAUACCCAUGGUAUAAUAAAAUUUGCAAUUUAACUUUAUGUUCAUCUAUUACUAUAAUUGAUUAUAUUGAUAUGCCCCUUGGAAGUGUUUGUAUGUCAGGUUCAGAUUGUGUGUCGAAUUAUUUAUGUGAAGUUGUAAAGGAUGAUAUAACAGGAGAAAUAUGGGCAAUACGAGUUAACUUUUUUAAUCCUUUUAAAUAA